AUGGUGAAAACAAAUAAAACUCAAAGUAUUCUAUAUAGUCUUGAUGAACUACGUCCGAUACGAUCAUCUGUUGAUCAAUGCCGUACUCAUCUAAUGAAAUUUAUAGAACAAUAUAAAUCCAUGAAUGUGUUAGAUGUUGAAACACGCUUAUUAAAUCGUUGUGUAUAUAAAAAUUGGAAUGCCCGUCGUGCCGAACUUGGCAUUCAAGCAAGCCGACGAACUGUUCGUUUACUUGAACAAUUUCUAUCGAAACGUGAACAACAUCUUGAACAGAUUCUCUCUGAAUUCAAACCCGAUCAUGUUGAAAUUCGUCUGCCAUCACGUGGCACGCUCAAUCAAUUGCUUAAUAGUCUAGAAGAAUCAUCACUUUUAUUAUCAAAAGUGAAACGUUUCUCGAAAGUAACUGUUGAUCGAUUAAGAGUUGAAUGUAAUCGAGCAAAUUAUGUUCAUUAUAAUAUAUUAAUGAUGUCUCUUUGUUCAAGAAUUUAUUUCUUAGUUGUUGCUCUUGAAAAAAGCCAAAAAGAAUUUUGUUUUAAUAUGCCAGUAUAUCUUGAUUACGCUCGUUUUUUAAGUAAAGCUGCCACGCGCCGACAACCAAGUGCUAUUCGUGAAGCUACCCAAUUAUUUGCACGAUCGCCACCGACAACUAUUAGUUUCGCAUCAGGAAGUCCUAACACAUCAUUAUUUCCUUUUAAAGAAGCAACAAUUACUCUAAUAGAUGGCACAAAUAUUCAAUUGGAUCCUUCGGCCAUGUCGAAAGCAUUGCAAUAUUUGCCUACACCUGGACAAGCAGAUUUAUUAGACUGGUUAAAAAAAUUACAAAAUCGUUAUCAUUCUCCACGGGAUUUUAAACGAUAUGAUUUAUGUAUAACAAAUGGCUCAAUGGAAGGAUUAGGCAAAGUUUUUGAACUGGUACUCAACCCUGGAGAUUCAAUUUUAGUUGAUUCGCCUUGCUAUUCAGGAUCUUUAGAUUUUCUUCGUGGCUUUGGUGCUGACAUUGUUAGUAUUGAUACAGAUUCCAAUGGUAUGAAUGAUAAGCACUUGAAUGAAAUUCUUUCGAAUUGGCCAGAGACAAAAACGUUUCCUAAAGCUCUCUAUACGAUUCCGAAUGGUUCAAAUCCAACAGGAGCAUCAAUGAAUUUCGAACGAAGAAAAACUAUAUAUGAGAUUGCUAAAAAAUAUGAUCUUUUAAUUAUUGAAGAUGAUCCAUAUUAUUUCUUACAAUUUACAAAACCAGAGCCAUCAUUUUUAUCAAUGGAUAUUGAUGGUCGUGUCAUUCGACUUGAUUCCAUGUCGAAAGUUCUAUCAGCGGGAAUGCGUCUUGGUUUUGUUACUGCGCCCGUACCAUUAUGGCAAAAAUUAGUUUAUCAUCAACAAGUAACAAGUAUGCAUGCAAGUUCGCUUUCACAAAUGGUAGCAUUGAAAUUAUUCGAAAAGUGGAAUCUAUCGGGAUUCGAUGAACACACACAACGAAUUGCAAAAUUUUAUGAAAACCAGAAAACAUUAAUGGUUGACGCUAUCAGUAAACAUUUGAAAGAUAUGGUCACAUUCAAUGAGCCAACAGCUGGUAUGUUUAUAUGGAUAAAAAUUCUUGGUAUUCAAGAUACAAGAAAAUUAAUCUAUGAGAAAGCUCUUGCAAAGGAAGUAUUACUUUUGCCUGGCAGUGCUUUUUUUGUUGAUCAAUCAAAAUCUUAUCCAUUUGUGCGCGUUUCUUAUUCACUGUGUACACCGGAACAAAUGGAAACAGGUAUGACACGUUUUGGUAAAGUUCUUCGCGAAGAACUUGCUUGCUAA